CUAAAUGUAUUGUUGAUCGUAUUGCAAUGGCGAAGAAGUGAUUUAUCAAAGAACAAGUACGACAAACAUACUAUACGACGAUGACGUAUAUGCCGAUGAUGGCCUUUUUGAAAAGCUCUCUGUUUUUCCUCCUCUUUCUUUACGCCGAGUCGUUUUCCCACAAUUUGGCAUUUUUGAGCAACUACAAUCCUUCAUUAAGUCGAAGUCGAAGAUGGUCAACCAAUGAGGUUGCCUCGCAAGAUACAGUAACCGAUCCGAGUAAAGAUGAAAUCACCACCAAAGUUGUUAUGGAUGAGAAUAACAGCGAAGACCUUGAAGCCUCUGUCAUAAAAAAUGGCUACCCGAUGAACAACAAUUUCAACGGUUACAGCAUGACUUCGGGAUACAGUCCGUUCUUGGACCAAGAACCAUCGCCAAAAUGGCUAAGGAAACUCAUAGGAAAAGAUAGCGAAAGCAUCAGCAGUAGACAGGAUAUGGAGGAAGAUGGAUAUGCUGAGAUGCAGCGACGGAAGCAAUCUCUACUGAAACGGAUUGCGAAGUUUCCUUUGCGCACUGCCAAGAGACUCGUUUCGACGAAUUCAAUUGAACCGGGAACGCUGAUUUUGGUGCGCCACGGAGAAAGCUCUUGGAAUAAGAAUAAAACUUUCACAGGUUGGUCAGACCCAGGUAAGUUUCUUUUGACCAUCAUUUUUAAGUUGUGAGAUGUUGCCUUCUUUUGUUACCACUACUAACGCAACCAAAAUGAAUGCAACCAGAUCUGACGGAUCAGGGAAAACGAGAGAUGGAACACGCAGCGAGAUUGCUCAUGGAGGGAGGCUAUCACUAUGAUAUCAAUGUGGUUUUUACGUCAAGAUUGAAACGCGCGAUCCGCUCCUCUUGGAUCUUACUGCAGGAAUUCAACCGAGUCUACUUGCCCGUUUUUAAAAGCUGGCGAUUAAACGAACGAUUUUAUGGAGCAUUGACGGGCUUGAACAAAACUCAGACAGCUGAAAGGCUUGGAGAGGAUUUAGUCCAAGGGUGGCGUAGUUCUCUUCGCAUUCGACCACCCGCACUGACCGAAAAUGACCCGUUCUACCCCGGGCGUGACAGAAAAUAUGCUGAUUUGACAAAAGAUCAAUUACCUCUUACUGAGUCGCUUCUCGACUGUAUGGAGAGGACGAAACCACUUUGGAACGAUAAAAUUCUGUUUGAACUUAAACAAGGAAGGAAUGUCCUUGUUGUUGCACAUGCGAAUACGAUUCGAGGUUUAGUAAAAACUAUCGAUGAUAUCGGUGAAGAAGAAAUUCAGAACGUAGCGAUUCCUACGGGGAUUCCGAUUGUAUACAAGUUUGAAAUGCAGACAAAUGGUCAGCUGAUAUCCAUUCCUCCAAAAAGUGAGGAGAAUUCUGUGAGUCAAUUGCAUAUGAAAGGAAAGUUUCUAGAAAAACCUGGUCUACUCAAGGAAGCCUUGAAGUUAGAAGGGAAUUGGAGAGAACAAGUUCCCGGCUAUGAUGCAACAAUGUCGCGCCAUAGUAGGCCCAUGACUGGACUUGAGAGAUCUUUGUAUAAAUUGAAUGCAGUAAGGGAACUCGGGGAAUGGGCCACGGACUUUAUCGAUUUGGAUCCAGAAGAAGACGACGGCAACGACGGCAAUGGUAUAUUUUUUACAGCAGAUAAAAAUGAAUCCAGCACAGUUGCUGGAUUGAAAGAAAAUUCUAGUAAUGAGGACAUUCCUGCCAAUGACCAAGAUGCAAUUCCUACAUUUUUCGCUCAGCCGUGUAUAACCUCCGCCCCAACAUCUGCUGUUUCGAAGCGCCAAGACUCCGUAAUUGUAAUUAUUCGUCAUGGUAAAACACAACAUAACAAGCUUGGCCUGUUCACAGGGUGGGAAGAUGCGCCUUUAGCAGAUGAGGGAAUCGAAGAGGCAAAACUUGCAGGUCAAAAUCUGAAGAAGCACGGGUUUGAAUUCGAUGUUGUGUACACCUCUUGGUUGAGUAGGGCUCUCGAAACCGCUUGGCUUGUCUUGGACGAACUGGAUAGUCUUUGGCUUCCAAUUGUGAAGACUUGGCGCUUGAAUGAACGGUACGUUUGGAAAAGGGUAUUGUGUUAUGUCAAUUGUACCCUAGCAACAAUCAUGGUCCUUUUCCCUCUAACCUACAAUUUUGUAUACCAUUUUCUGCUUCAAUUUCACCUUCGGUCAUGUUCACGUUUCUUGUCCCUUUCAAACAAGGAUGUAUGGUGAACUCACCGGACUUUCGAAGCAAAUGGUGAAGCAACGUCACGGAGAGAAGCAAUUCAAGGCGUGGAGAAGAGGCUUUGAGGUUCAGCCUCCAGCUGUGUCCUCGUUUUCCCAGAACUAUCCCGGCAACGACCAGCGAUACCGUUAUAUUCGAGAUGUUCGUUAUUCGGUGAAAGAAAGUGCCAUACGUUCGAUUGAGAAAGGCAAACUGAGACUGGCGAGGAAACUCCCAAAAACUGAAAGUCUGAAAGACUGCAUGGAUCGAACGAUUCCUUAUUUUCUCGAGAGAAUUGCCAAAGACGCAGUAGACCAGAAUAAAAGGGUUCUAAUUUCAAGUAGCGAAAAUGCAAUCCGUGGCUUAUUAAUGCAUUUAUGCGAUAUCCCUGAGAGUGAAAUUACAGGUUUAGAGAUACCAAACGGUCUCCCUUUGAUUUAUGAUGUCAAAUCGAAGUGUGUAAAGCUUUUGGAUGACGGUACUGGACGUGAUCCCUUAGAGGUUUACAAUUUUGGUCCAUCUGCAAAAUAUUUGUUCAGACCUUGCCAAAACGAAGAUGGGAGCCUCGACGAGGAAUGCACUAUCAACUUUGAUAGCCUAAUUACUACGACCGCAGACCAGGAUACUUUAAAUUACAUUAAAAGUAAGACGGGUCGAUAAAAGAUAGAUUUUGAAUCACAGAUAUCAGUGCCAACUACAGUAUGCA